UACAGGGGGCGAGUACAGCUUUUCCGUAUGACGUUGUUUUCGUGUGUAGAAGAGAUCUGAAGAAUUAUCAGUUUGGUUUGGAAAGUAUGGACUUGCUCUGAGUACAGUGUUCUCCAGAUAUUUCGCACUCAACCGACUUAUAAGAACAAUUGCAAUGAGGACAGAUGUUAGCGAAUAUUAUUUGGAAAGGCAUCUUCAGAAAGCAGUUGUGCCGAAAAAUAAUUGGAUCUGAACCAGUUACGUUUGCAUCUAAACCAGUUACGUGAAUUUAAUGAGAAUGGAUCAAGUUGGACAAGGACGAGCGGUUUCUUUUCCGACUCAGAUAAGACGGGAAGUUAGUCUCGAUUCACAAGGUCAAGGGUCAGUAUGUUCUUUGGGAAAUUCAAGACUAACCCUUUGUUCCCGGGAUACUCCAGUGUCUUUUAAAUCGGCAUCGUUUGAUCUUGUAGACGAGAGUAUACAGGUUGAUCUUUCAGCAGACACUAUUACGUAUGACUCAGAUGAUGAAAUGGUAAAGAAAAAGGGAACGUUUCUUCGCAACAAAAAAGGGCAUCCUAUUUAUUCUAGAGAAGAUAUCAGAGAGCAGUAUUGCAUCACUAAGAAAGAACUGGAAGUCUUAGAAAAUGCCAAAGCGGGUCGUUUAUUUGGUUGUUUAGCAGGACAGUCAAGUAUUUUCUGCGGUAGUAGUUCGUCCAUAUUUUCUUGCAUGGUGAAAAAAAGGCCUUCGAAUAAGGACAAUUUUAACAAAUCUUUACCUUUCUUGAGACCUAGUUCGUGGGCAAAUUAUCAUACUGAAAAUCGUCCUGAUCUUAGUAGGGCCAAAGAGGAAAAAACUCUCAGUGGCGCUGGGAACUUCUCCGAUGAGGAUGAAUUUGUAAAGACUGGUUUUCGUCGGAGACCUAAAUCCUUUUGUCCUUCAGACUCCAAAUUUCGAUUGUCAUUGCUAGAUGCCGAGAGUGAAGGCACAAAAAAUCAGCUAAACGGUCCACAUUUCGAAAAGUCAGAGAAUCAGUUGAGUUCUAGUCAUUGUAGUGUAGAUAGUGAAUUUGUUCCUGGAGGGCUGGGUUUUACCAGACCGUCACAGUUACAACUGGAAAACAAAGCGAGAUCUUCUUUUACGCCAAGUCAAAGCGUGGAUGCUCUGAACGAAGAUUUUGGAAAGAAACGGGAUGUUUAUGAGUCUCGAUUGGAAAAAAGAACAUCCAAAACUCCUGAUUUCUCUCUGGAUGAGCGUAAGCAGAAACAUGUUAGUUUCGAAUCGGCUUCUUUGGUGCGCAGUAAUACUAUUGGUGAACUGAAAAUGUUAGAUACAGGAAUCACGUCCUUUUCUACUGUAACAGGUGCUCAAAGAAAGAGUUCUUCUAAUUUAGAACAAAAUAGGUCACACGAACGUCUUUUAGAUAUGUCUUUGAAGUCUCCAGUUGAAUCACUGGACCGUUAUUCGAGAGACCUUAAAUUAUCAAACAGCCAGUCAUCACAGACUGACACAGGAGGCGGGAUCAGAAACUAUUUUCUAUCAAGACAAAAGAAAGCCCCUAAGAAGACACAAGCAACACAAACUGACAGUUCAGUUAACAUUUCUUUCAAUAUUCCUGCGUAUUUAACUUUAUCUCCUCGCGCAACUGCUCCAGCUAAGCAGCUGCACAACGGACAUCGUUAUAAUAGUGCAAGUUUUCUGGGUAAAACGCAUUUGUCCUGUGAUAAGCUGGAUAAGGGCGACAGCGAGGAAGAAUUAUUAGAGGUUGACUUAGUCACCAAGCAGCAUCGCACUAUUCGAACUACCAAACAGAAAAGUCUUCAGGAGAAAGAAGCGAUAAAAGCAGAAAGUGAAGAAGAAAUCAUAGUAUCAUUCAAGCCCAAUUCUCCUCCCAAUAAGAACACGGAAAAAAACAGAAGUUCAUACGAUGAGCUAAAUGUUACUAGACGUCAUGAAACGUUAUUUCGUAAACUAUCCCUUGAAAGUACAAAAACUGAUUAUAUGAAACAGCUUUACGAUCCACUUGAAAAACUUCUUCAACAACCAUAUUCUAUUCAGAGAAAAAGUCGUAGCUCACUCCUGCAUUCUAUGGGAAAAUAUUCGAUGGAAAUAGAAAUUUCCACAGGUGACGAUGAAGAGGAAAAACAAAACAGUUUGGAAAUACCAGAAAAUAAAGAAUUAAGCAUGGACGCGCUUCCUACAAGUUCUCCCAAAGAUAUAAAAAAGGAUAUAUCAGAAAGUCACGCUAUUACUUCAGAGGCAGUUUUCACAUCUGAGAAACCGCAAACAAACAUUAUUAGGGAAAUGACAAAAGAACUUAAUGCUAAUACUGAAUCCAGUCAUGACAACCAGACAUCUUCAAUAAAAUACAACUCAGGACAGAGCGAAGACUCCCUAACUGUAACAACAGAAGCUGUUUUACAAAGUGAAGGCUCAUCUCCACAGACUGCUAACAGUGUUUCCACAAUUACAUUGGAUGAAUAUUCCUACGAACUUAACGGUACAGAUGUUACGACAAAUAGUGAAAUUCAUUCACUUCAGAAAGGCAUAAGCUCUCCUGACAGCGAAUCUUCCAGCAGCCAUUUCACUGAACAAGAAACAUCCCAUAGUGAGAUGUCAACCAGCAGUUCCAACUUUACUAUCAAAAGUGAGUUGUCAAACAAAAGUGAAACAGAAUGUGAAGAAAUUAGUGAAAGUUCAGAGUAUGUUACAGCAACUGAACAUUCCAAUCAGGAGAGAGGGAAUCAUAAAGAAGAUUUUGUGAAACUCAUCAUUCAGAGUAACAAUAAUGAUGAGCACCAUAAUUCUUUUGAACCAACCUCUCCAUUACUUAGCGCUUUCACUUCACUAUCUUCAAAAAGUGGUCAAAUCAAAUCUUCUUCUUCAUCUUCUUACAGCCAUGGAAUAAGAGGUAAAAAAGAGUUUACAUCAUUCAAUGCAACUGAGAAACCUGAACAUGUUCUUAUGUACCCCUCAAUGCCCACUGAAACUACUAAACGGUUUAUUUCUAAUAGUUAUUCGAGACGUUCUGACACUUUCGACUCUUCAGAAGAAUCAACAAAAAAAGAGUUAGUCAGUUCCGACUCUGAACUUGGAGAAAUUCCAGAAAUACCUAUGUAUGAAGCAGCACAAGGGGACGAACUGGAUAAUCCUGGUGACGUUACUCCUGUACCAGAACCUUCCCCAGAGCCAUCUAGUAUGCAAGAUCCAACAACUGUUAUUGAAAACAGAAGUGAAGGAACGUCAGGAGAUCUAGUGGAGUCAUUACACGAUUCUUUAGGUUGCCUGAAAGAAAGUAUGACUGACUCUGAUUCACAGGAAAUUGAAACAAAACCCGUGCUUGAAAAAGAAUCGAAGAACGAAGUAUUUGAUAACACGAAAAAAGAAACAAUAAAAACUGCUGAAGAGUUCUCAUUAAGUGGAAACUUCACAAGUAAUGAAGAUAGUAUCUGUAAUCAAACAAUCACAAAAGUUAUGGUGCCUGGUGUUUCGAAUAAAGUGGAUGAGGUAUCAAAUCAGCUUUCUUAUCAAAAUGUGGAUAAGCUUUCAUCUUCUUCAGAAUGCAUUCUUUCCGAAACAACUACGCCGAGUAUUGACAGCAGCACAUCUGGAAGUUUCAUAUUGGACAGUAGUGUUGACCAGAGGGAAGAAUCAGACAUAAAACUAAUGAAAAAACUUGAAGAUUACAGUGAGGGCGUUGAAGGUUUAGGUCAAAUAAAUCAGUUUGAUAAGUAUCAUCAUGGAUCGAACCAAGAAAUUCUAAAAGUUGGAAUUUCUCAGACUAAAAGUUCAGAAAGCAUAGCUACAGACAAAGACACGCCAUCAGAGGUAAUGUCGAGUACGACCGAGUCUCCUGCCGCAGCAGACAACCAGAGCUCCCACUCUAACUCUACUAGUCAUUCUCGAGAAAACGAAGGUGCCAUACCAAAACAAAAGGACCUCUCUCAAAAACACUUUUCUGUGCAUCAGGAUAUCGCAACAUUUCGUCAAAGAGACAAAGAAAAGGCACGGCGCUCUGCUGUAACACCAACAGGCUCUUGCGUUCAUCACUGUGUAAUGAUGGAUGAACAACGAAAAAGAUGCCCUGCUUCUAAACUACACUUGUGUGUUAGAAAAGUUGGUCUAAGAGAUGAUUUUCGUCGAUAUACAUGUAACUAUUGUGGAGAUAAGAUUAGUCUACAUGAUCAAAUUUCCACACCAUCUGGUAGCUGUGAAAGGCAAUUCUGGGAACCAACUUUAAUUCACGAUGUCCAGCCUAUAAUUCGACAUGCUCCAGACAAAGAAAGAUCGAAACCUACAGUAAGUGAAUAUUAUGGAAGACCACUACCUCGGUAUUCUUGCCAUCCACGAUGGGGUGACACUGUCGGAAGUCUAGAAAAGGGGGUGCUUGAAGAUGAAGAGGAAGAUGCCGGGCUUCAUCUAGACAGCUAUUGCUCCAACUUCUGGAUCUACGUCGGUCCAAAAGAAGAAUUAGCUGUUUGGAAUCAGAACAAUGAUGAGUCUGUACAGUCAGCCUCAUCUAUAUCAACUAGUAAACCAUCUCUACAGCGUUCUGAAUCUACUGAAUCCACUUUAUCUGAGCGCGAAUUUCGGAAGCAAUACAAAGCUGUUACCCAUCGUAUGAUCCACCGAAAGUCCAGCAUGGAGCUUUACAAACGAAUAUCUAGUCGGAAACUAGAAGUUGACAAACAAGUAACUAUCCAAAGAGACAAUGGAGAGUUUGGGUUUCGUAUCCAUGGAAGUCGCCCUGUUGUUGUUUCUGCAAUUGAACAAGGGACACCUGCUGAUAACUGUGGCUUGGAAGUGGGUGACAUUAUCAUCAGCAUCAACGGUAUUAGAGUUUUGGAGGCUUCACAUUCUGAUGUUGUGAAAACAGCGCACACAGGUUGUGAGACCUUAUCCUUAGAAUUGGCUCGUACAUGCCACCUGUUAGCACCUAUUGAGCAACAACCUUCCCAGCACCCUCUACUCUCAGGAUUUCUCCAAAGACUGAGCAUCGGUGGUGACACCAGGCGGUGGUGUAGACGGUGGUUUGUCCUUAAAACUGAUAACUGUUUGUAUUGGUACAAGACCCUUAAGGCGUCAGACUUGGCAGGGGCUCUUGUGCUCCAUAACCACGUCAUCACCAGGGUUCCAGGUUCAGGCUCUCCUAACGCCUUCCGAGUAUCAAGACAUGGUCUACCGCAUCUGUACUUUGCUGCUGACGACGAAGAGACUGCGACCAGGUGGAUUAGUGCCUUGAGCGAUGUUGCCAACAAUGCCUGCCACGUGGAUCCGUAUCUAGAGAGCUAUCUCAGCAAUGUUCAUUCACCAGCUUUGAUCUUCCCAAUACCUGACUGCCAGGGUUACCUUGGAAGACUUGGACACCGAUGGAAAACAUGGAGACGACGAUAUUUUGUCUUAAAAGACGGUUCCUUGUACUUAUAUCUAGACCAAAGUUCUUCAGCCGCAACAGCGAUGUUCCUUCUUCAUGGCUACAAAUUUCAGAGCUGUACUAUUUCGGGCAAGAAGAACACAUUCGAAGCCAUACCUCCUGAAACCCGUCUUAAACAUUUAUACUUCCUCGCUGACUCGGAAAACGAUAAGAAAAGGUGGCUUGCGGCUCUUGAAUAUUCCGUCGACCGUUGGAUCAAAAUAGGAUGAAGCGAAAUAACGUUUUUAGAUAAAUAGAUGUAAAAUAAAAGACCCAUAAUACAAGGAAAUCCUGCAAUGUCAUGAUCUGCCGAAUUUACCUUAAUGUUCAAAAAACUCUAUAUUUUAAAAAUGGUUUAAAUGCUUCAGUUUGAAUACAUUGAAAAUUUUUAUGAAAAUGUUUUUAAUAUUUAAAGUUUACCACUCCACGCUCAGUCUCGUUUAGUUAUUAUUUUGAAAAAAAUUGUUCGAAGUGAGAUGUCUUUAAGGCGAACACAAUCGUGGACAAAAGUAGAAGGAAGAUUAACUUUCUUUAACUGGCUACUUAAUACCAGCAAUGUGAAAAUGUAUAAUUUAACCGUAAUAUAUAUAGAUCCUGAAUCUAUUACAUUUGAACUUUCAUAACUCACAAAACUUUUAAAUACAAGAAAGUCGUGGUUCUCACACAUAUCCUUGACUUACAUUUUUACAUAAAAGGAAAAGUUAAAAUUAGUAAUGAAAAUCAGAAAGUCUGGAAAAGCUAUACCACACACUUAUCAAUCAAGUUUUGUUUGCAAAACAUUUAGGAAAUGAUAAUAAAGACGUUUUUCAGCGACGUAAGAAGCAAAAUGGACCUUUACUUAUAAUCUUUCCAAGUUAAAAUGUCGAUUUAUUGAAGGUUUUAAAGGAAGCUCAUUUUGCAGAAAGAAAAAAAUACUGGCAUUACUCGAUUUUUUCUGAAGCGCAGCUGACGUCGUCAUGAUAAAAUACUGAUAUUUGAGCUGCUGGUGUUUUUGAGUGGACGACCGAUUGUUAAAGAAAGCUAACAUAACACUACCAUGAUCGGAGAGCUAAGACUAUCGCUAAUACAAAUACCUCUAAGUAUAAUGUUAAAGAAUAUGAGCUCCUACCAGAUUGUUUUUGAGUCUGCGUUUUUAUUUCUGUUCUAAAUGUUUGGCUUUGGCACUUCUCACAUCUCCUCACCCCCGGUGGCAUAGCGGUAAGUCUGAAGGCUUAUAACGCUAAAAUCUUGGUUUUGAUACCCGUAGUUGGCACAGCAUCGAUAACUCAUUGUGUAGCUUUGUACGUAACUACAAAAAAAAACUUCUACCAGAGGCUCUCGUUCAAUUUGUAUCAGAAUUACGUGUAUCAUUUUAGCAUGCUUGGGGUAAAAAUAUAAAAUAAAACGUUUGCUGCUUUAAUUUACGAGGCAUAUUUUAUUAGCUUAAAUUUUAUUACCUUAUGUGGCCAAAUCUUAAUACUUAGUAUUAACAUUUUCUAGUAUCUUUGUUGGAUUUCCCGCAAAUCUACAUGAUGGUCAUCUACGUUAGCCGUCCGUGGCUUUGAAGAGAUAGAGACUAAAGGGAAUGAAGAUAGUCGACACCACCCACUGCCAACUCUGGGGAUACUCUUGUCAGACUGAAUAGUGGGUUUCGAUCAUUUCCCUCAUAACGCACCCAAAACGUGUGCGUUGCGAUUUUUAAUUUAUAUUUUGUGGCUAUCUGGACGCAAACCACAGAACUUCAGCCCAACGGUUAUUUUUGCUUGAUUUGUUUCCAAAUGUAACUGAGGAAAAUGUUUGAUUAAUAUAGCUUUUUUUUUGCACGAUAUUAAGAUUAGGUACAUUUAAUAGUACUAUUUAGUAAAUAUUAAGAUAAUUGGCGACAAAGUACGGAAUUUUAGGAAUUAACCAUCAAAUCUACAAAAUCGUUUAGAUGAGUUCACAAAAUGGUUAUUUGGUAAAACAUAUGUUCACAACAUAUAAAAAACAGUCAAUAAGAUGAAUCAACAAUUACUGAUUGACGCAAUUUUACAGGCAGGUUCCGUUUUAUUUAUGUUUUUAAGUAUUUCAUAAUUCUAACUAAUCGUUAAGCAUCAUUUUAUAAAGACCGGUCGGUCAUUUUGCUUCAUCCGGUAAUAAAGAUGAUUAAAUUUAUUUAAAUCUUCUCUGACCUGUUUUGGAUAAGUGAUGAACGUAGCCACAACGUAUUGUCUCGAGAGGAAAAAUAUCAGUAUAAAGUUAUUUUUGAGUGUAUCUAUUUAAAGAUAAAAUGUUACUAUAUAUUGUGGUUUUCACUGCACUGAUGUUAUUAUUUCAAGCUAAAAUGUUUCAGAAUAAUAUGUAAGCCAUUUGUCAGUUGCAUUUUUCAAAGGCAGAUUUUGCAUACCUGUAAGGUAACAAUUUAGUGCUUCACUACCCUUCAUUGAAUUUUACAAUUUUGAAAUCUGGAGAAGGAGAUGUAGGGGCUGUUUUGGAGCAAAUUAUCCCAUUUUCUGAUUCAUUUUUCAAUAUUUAAUAUAGUAUAAUACAGUUCGAUUCAAGAUAUAAUAAGUAGAUAAAUAUUUAAAUUUUCUAAGAAUUCACAUCGACGUUGAUUAAUUGGAUCUAACAUUUAAAGUAAUUUAUCUUAAACUAUUGAACUACUGUUGUUAUAUAACAAAAGUGUUAUUUGAUAAGACAAAGAAUGUAUGUUUAUAUUUCAUUGUUAAGAGACAUGCUGUAAAGAAAGAUAUACUUAGAUUACCUUAAAAAGUUUGAAAUAUAUUAUCCUUUAUUAAACAAAAGUAUUUAAUAUAGUGCUUCAAUUGAACUAAAUACCAAAAUUAGAACAUAUAUAAAGACUCUCCGAAAAUGCUUACUUAAUUAAACUGAGGACUGAAGAAAGUAACUGGAGAUUUUUUAGACUACUUCAUAAUCUAUUGGAUAUUCAUUGGCUAGGAAACUCUUGUUGAGUAACUUAAUAUUUCUUUUAGGGUCCUGAAUGUUACAGAUAUUUUCUGCUAUUAGAUAAAGGGCAUCGAAGAUGCUACAUCGGACAUAGCAUGGGUGAUUAAACAGUUUCUUUACUUUAAAGACAGUUUAGGCCUCAGUUCAAUUAAUUGACUAUGCUUUUCUAUGACCAUUUCCUACUCUUUUUUUUUAUUUGGCUGAUAAAUAACUUUUACAACUCUGUCCUGAGCACUUCUUCGGUAACAGUGGAUUGAUGGCAUUGCAAGUGACUUGGAUGUAUAGUAAAACUCGUUCUUUUAGUAAUUUGAUUAUUAGGAAGAAAGACCUGUUUUUCUGUGUGGAACAGUUUCCAAGUGUUGCUGAUUACCAAGCUUCUUUUACGGCUAAUAUUUCUUUUGCUGUUGUUGAGUGGUUUCAUUCUUUUUCUAAGUUUCCAAUGUGGCGCGCUUUACUCAUUUUUUAAAAUCAGUCUCAUUUCGUUUUAUUUCCUGUAUUCUACAAGUGUUCAGGUACCUUUGAUUAGUUGGAAAACGCAAGUCCUUUGUCGUAUUUGUGUUCUUGAAUCCCGAUAGGUCUUCCUGUCUCUCCAAUGUAAUUUUACUCACAUUUAAAAAUGUUUUAUUAACUGUUUUUUAUGUUGCGAGCCUGUAGUGUUUUUCUGACAAUAUUUUUUAAAGAUCUCAGGUCCUGAAAUCACUUCUAAUUUUAUUCUUUUACAUACUGUUUGGGGUUUUAUAGUUCACCUUAGGAUGUAAAAAGAGUAGAUUAACGAUGGAAAAGGAAGAAACUGAUUAUAAAGUUUCGUUUUUUCUUUUAACUAUUAUAUAUGUUGGAAUAUCUAUUGGCUAGGAACUACUGCUGACUAGCUGAUGCCUUUAUUUAAGGAGUUGAACUUUACAAAUCUUUUUAGCUCUUUAACAGAGGGGUGUCGUAGAUAUGAUGUCUGACAAAACAUGGAUGGAUUAACUUCAUGAUUUAGGUACAAGCUAUUGAGAGGUGGCUUUCUGUAAAUCUUGCUAGAUAAGUGGUAUUUAUAUCUGUAUUAUAAAACACUGAAAAAAAUAGAUGUUUGUCUUUAUUCAGCCAUGACUAACUUUUCGUUAAUGAACAGUUACCUCAACGUUACGCUGCACUGCUCACAUAACACUUCCUAAUCAUUUCAUUCACCCUAACCUAAGAAAAGUACACUCUGGAGCUCCAAAUAUACAUUCAACAGCCAUCCACAUCUGUUAACCAAGAAAAAGAAAGAUGCGGAAGGUGUUCAUAGGAAAUAUUGGUAACUAACUGAUACUUUUCUUUGUUUAGUCUGAUUUAUAUGCCUAACAAAAAAUAAUGGUAAAAUGUAACCAGCCAUGGUUCAUGUAUUUUAAGUAGUUUUCAAUGAAAACAUUUUCAACAAGAAAAGUGAGAUCUAUGGUUCCCAUGGUAUUGCAACUCAUCUUUUUACAUAUAUAUAUAUAUACAUAUAUAAACCAAAUACCGAGUGUCCAUUAAGUCUGGAGAUUUAUGUGAAAAUAUAGUCAAAAUUACAGAUAUGUACGUUCUCAGUUCAUUCACGUUAAAUACAGUUAAGAACAGCUGGUAUGAUUUCCGCACAUUUAAGUGUAACAGGAGCAGGUUGCUUUAUAUAUUUUCCAACCUCCCUGCAGCCCUACUUUUUAUUUUCUAUUACUUAUCAAAACAAUCUCAACACGUUCGUUUAUUGCUACUGCUGUGAUUCAAAACAGUGUCACGCCUGAAACAGACAAGAGACAAUAAAUAUGCAAAUUUUCCAAUGUGUUCAGACUUAACGGACUCCUGUGAAGUUUUACCAUAAAGCAGAGAUGCGGGGGAAUACGAUACCAUGGGAAAUUGAUUUAAAAAGAAAUCCCUUUACUUAGCUUUGAUUAUGUUCAAUAAUAGAUGCAAGACUGCUCACUUUGUAUUUCAUUUUGUAAAGUGAUUUAAAUAAUGAAUGAUUUAAAAAACUGUUACUGUUUUGUUACAUUACAAUUUUGUGUUUCAGUAAUAACAUAAGUAUGCGGUUUAAAGUUUCAGCGAAAAAAUAUGUAUUAUUGCAGCAUUCAUUGUUAGAUAGUUUGGUAAUGGAAAUAUUUAUGAAUAUUUUACAAUCUAAACUCAAUGAAAAUUGUCUUAAACGGAAAUGAACAAAAGAAAAGAAAAAUAGAUAAGGAGCGUUUUAUUAACAGCAUCAGAUCCUGAUCUUGAAUUUUGAGAUUUGUAUCACAUUCUUCAUCUCAUUAAGAAUUUUGCUCAUAAGACAUUAUCCACUGUAAUAGACAAAGAGAAUUUCUACCGUGAGUUUCAUAUUUCCAAAACAUUUGUACCAAUGUUGUCGUAUUUUGAACUGGCUCUAUGACUGCAUUAUUAAUAGAGUGUGAUUUGAGGUUAAUAAAAUCGGCGUACAAAGGUAUUUUUA